GCGGUAGAUGCUAAUAACAAAGAAACACACACUACCAUCUCCGCCAAGUUGGGUCGUCUGUGCCUGUCUGUAGGAGGAAGCGCUGCUGGGGCCAUCGACUGCACAAGCGGACAGCGAGGAGGAUAUCUGCCCUCGGCACUCUCUCUGCGGCGAGAUAGGGCGACAGCAGUUGUCGAGACACAGGGUCCUGCGGAAAGCGGAAAAGCGGAAAAGCCGUCCUGCCGGCCGGGACUCGCAUCGGUCAGGGUGCCAGGUACAACCUCGCGGCGAGGACUAAGACAGAAGAUCAGAUCAACUUUUCCACGACAUCCAACGGCAGCGUUGGCAUCCGCAUCAGCACCGACUACCAAGAGGCGCUACGUGACGCGCCACCAGUAGCGAGAGUGCAACAAAGGUUUCGGCACGGAGACCACCACCACCACUACCGCAACUUUUUUGACCAUGAUAUCCGACGAUGAGCCCUACAACGGCGACGGCAACAGUAACGGCAGCAUGCCAGACGACGACAUGGAGCAGCAGGAGGAGGAGGCUUCGGACUACGACUCCGAGUACGCCUGGGAGGAGGGACAGUCCGACGGCGAGGUCGGGAGCUCGACAAAGGGAAUGGACCUCGCCAAGGCCGACGCCGACGCCCUGAACGUGGACGUGGAAGGCAUGUUCGCCAAGGUGGAGGCCCACACGCCCACCCUCAUCCGCCUCUGGGUGUGCGUGGAGCACUCGAGGCUGUUCGAGGGCCUCGCCACGAGGGCCGUGGAGGCCCUCGGCCUGGACCCCUCUAAGGACGUCAUGGUUAUGUUCACGACAGACCAAGAUUACACCGGGUGCAGGCGACCGAAGGUGCAGUGGGCGAGGCAGGUGGACCCCGUCAAGAGCAAAGCGGACGACCUUUGCCCUGAAGGGAGGAUCGGCGAGAUCUUCCCCCUCCAGGGAACCCUCUGCCAGAAGCUGGACGAAGACCUGACGGGCAUGUGGCACCGCGCGGCGGACAGGACCAGGGUUAGGCGCGAAAUUUCCGAUCAACUUCGGGACGGCGGCGGCAACGGUAACGGAUCUAGCGUUCGGGCCGGGGUCGCCGAAGAUGGUGAUGGUGGUUCAGCCGGCGGCGUAGGCGAUGGUGCAGCGGCGGCGGUGGCAGCGGCGGCGACAGCAGCAGGGGCCGACGGGCACGGAGCAGCGCCGUCGUCAGGGGGGAGCGGGGGGGAGGCGGCGGCUGAGCCUGACAGCUCGGCGGUCCAGUGGGCGAUCGAGUCGAUCUGCGAGACCACCGGCGCGUCGAGAGAGCUUGUUGCCUACACGCUCAUGGUCUCCAAGUACGACGAGCACCGGGCACACCUGACCCUUCAGGACGAUGGGCUGCGAUCCUCGCUGGAGAAAGCCUUCGGAAAAUUUCAGCGUCUGAAGGACAAGUACCCGUUCGCGGAUGAGGCGCUUCUGCUCGACGCCGUUGCUGCCCAUCCUAGGUCGGAGGGGCUGCGGAGCAACUCCGUCCGCCGAUCUGAGGAGCGAGAGGACUUGGACGCGAGGAUGGUCAAGCUGGGGCAGCUUGCAGAGGCGAACCCUUUGGCACGCGCAGCACUGACGAUAAUGAAGAAACUCCGCAACGCGAACAAGGACUGCCUGGUCUGCGACGAGCCGAUAGAGGGCUUCCUCCCGGCCGUGCCCAUCGUCUGCCCUAAGGAGUUCUGCCGGUGGAGGUCCGAGCAAAUGGGGUGCGGAACAGACGUUGAGUCGCAGGUGUUGAGGAAAGGGGAGACGGUGGACCUGCUGAUCGACCUCUUCUGGAUGGCCAUGCACAGCGGUCGCUCGGAACUUGCCUUCCCGGCCACCGUGCAAAGCGGCACCGACCUGGUAUUCAAGGACCCCAGCGGGCGCAACGAUGUGGACAAGGUGCAGCAAGUCCUGAGGGCGCUGCCGACCGUGGCGGACAUGCAGCGGUGCAUCAAGCGUAAGCGGGGAGAAGGAGAGGAACGAGAAGACGACGACCCCCAGGCUGGGGAAACGACGAUGGCAUCCGCAACGCCGGCCCCUCCCCUCCUCGAAGACGAAGAAGCGCGGCAGCGGAGAGCCGCCACCGUGGCCAACGCCUCCGCCAACGCCGCCGCCAUCGCCAUCGCCGCCGACAACGCGGCCGCGGCUGCCGAGGCCGCGGCAGCGCGAGCGGCCGCCAGCGACGCCGCCGCAGCUCGGGCGGAAGCUAGUGCCAAACGCUGCGCCGGCGCGGCCAGCACCGCCGCCGAGGCAACGGCCGCUCGGGCCCGCGCCACGACGGACGCCGCGCAGAGCGCUAACGCCACCGCCUACGCGGCAAACGCAGCGCAGGCGGCCGCUACCGCCGCCGCCCGGGCGGUGGCGGUGGGGGGCGAUGUCCCCGAUGCUGCGAGGUUCGGUGCUGCUGCUGCUGUCGGCGGCGAUAGUUGUUUUGGGGGGGGGGUAAGGCAAGGGGGGGAGGGGCACGACGCCACCGACGGGUCGGGGAUGUUGUCGCUAGAGAAGGCGCUGACAGAGAGGAACCCGCUCGCGUAUCGACUGUUGCGGUGGCUGCUGUCGGCAAACCGUGCCCACUUGCGGCCUUUGCGGGAAUGGGAGCUUAUCCCGGAGAUCCCAUGCCAAAAGCAGUUUACGCUCGUGACCGGUACCGCCGAGCGAGAAGCUAGGUUCCAGGCGUUGAAGCGGGAGGCGGCACUCUUGUCCAGGGGGGGAACGGGGACGGGAUCGUUCUACGCCUUCCACGGCAGCGGCCCAGGCAACUGGCACGGUAUCCUCCAGGAGGGCCUCAAGAACAUGUCCGGUUCGAGAUGGAUGUCUACCGGGGCUGCCAUGGGCAGCGGGAUAUACAUGGCCAACCAGCUCUCCGUCUCGCUCGGUUACGCGGGAGGGCGGGGGGGCACUUGCAGCGGGCACUGGCCAAAUGCUGAGAGGGUGGGCGGACAAAACCCUGUGAUAGUGGCUGUCUGCGAGGUGAUCGACAGGGAGUCGUACAAGAUACGGGGCCGGAAUGCUGGGUACUACGUAGUUCCGGACGAGGAGUGUGUGGCUACAAGGUUUCUAUUGAUCAAUCCCAGGGCCGGAUAUGGUGGCGGGAUUCUGGCCAGCUGCCUCACCAUUAACGUGCGAACGUGAAAGAAGUGGCGGCCGUUUGUGACGGGAUGAUCUCGGUAUCCCCUCCUGCCUCGUGGCCCGAGAGCUGACCUUUGGCGUCCUCUACAGUAUUUGCAAUUCACGGUGUCGGUGCUGUCGUUCUUUUCUCCUAGAUUUGUUAUCUCUCCUUAGAUGGUUUCUCGUGUUUAACAAAGUUGGGCCACAUCCUGUUUGGCAUUCCGACCCUUCGCCACAGCAGUUGGCCGGACCCUUAACUACGUACAUGCUUCAUUCAGCGCAACUACGGCAACGGACUUGGCACGAGGUGGGAGCACCCGUGUCUGCAGGCAUUUUGUAACAUAGCCAGCAGCACCGGUGGAGUGUUACAUGUACCUUCCUGUUUGAGCCCGUGUUGGAUUGCACACGUUCGAAAAAUGCGGUUUUGUGCCCCUGAGCGAGAAUGGUUGUGUGUCCCGUACCUUCACGCCGCAGCGCCCUGAACCCCAUAUUAGUUGGGGGCUGCGUGGUGACUACAUAUCAUGGGGGACGAACUGACUACACUGGUGGAGAUGAAAAAUGCGGUGGUGCAAGUAUGUGUUUCAUGUGACGGGGGAUACCGCGCAAGAUGGGGCGACGCCAACGCUUCAACUUGAACGAUGGCCUCCUUAAUUUGUUGCCAAUGUGCCCAUAACGGGUACGUCGACCUUCCGCUGUUCGAUGAUGGCAAGAACGCGACUCAUGAUUUUGUGUCUUCGUGGGUGACUUGUGUGAACCAUGUGCCGUGUCCUGGCACUUGGUGUAGACCCGCUCCGCGCGAAAGAAACCAAAUGAACGACCAACAAAUGUGGUU